AUGAUUCUGCAGAUGUUGGUGAAGAGGACAGCUUCUUGGGACAGACUUCUGCUAGCCCCAAUCCACCACAGACUUUCAGCUAUUUUUCUCAAGUCCCUACUAGCAGUGAUCCAUUUGGAAGUAUUGGGCAACAAUCCUUAACAGCUGUUGCACCACCAGCCUUCUCCAAGCCUCCAACUUCACUUCCACUUGUGUCUGGGUCUCAGGAAGGGCAAAAUGCCUUCUCACCACAUAUUCCCAAGUCACAGUCUUCUUACAGUGCACCACCUACUUCACAGGUGGGAAUGACAACUUAUCAGACUCCUCAGCAGAGCUGUCCCCCACCUGCAAACACAUCUCUUCCCCAAGGAACAUCUCCGCAGGGGUAUAACCCCUACCGGCACACCACCCUGAGCAGCAGAGCUAACCCAUACCUUACGCCGCCGCAGCUGCAACAGAAUCACACACCUGCUCACCCGCCAUCCUCUGUACCACCGGUCCAGAUGUAUCAGACACCUCCAGGGCCAUUGACACAGUUUCCACAGUCUCAGUCACAGCCCCAAGCUCCCAGACCCGCAGGUCCUCUGGUCCAGGCACCUCCUGUUUUGCUGCAGAACCAAUAUGAGCCAGUGCAGCCACACUGGUUCUACUGUAAGGAGGUGGAGGACAAGCAAAUAUGGAUGCCAUUCAGCAUUCUGGAUUCUGCAAAACUGGAGGAAGUAUAUAAUUCUGUCCAGCCUGAUCCCGAGAGCGUGGUUCUGAGCACUGAUGGGGGACGCUAUGAUGUCUACCUGUAUGACAGAAUGAGGAAAGCUGUUUACUGGGAGGAAGAGCCUUCUGAAGUGAGACGAUGCAUGUGGUUUUAUAAGGGAGACAAGGAUAGCCGGUUUAUUCCUUACACUGAGGAUUUUAGUGAUAAGCUGGAGGCAGAAUAUAAAAGGGCUGUAACUACCAAUCAAUGGCAUCGGAGACUUGAAUUCCCGAAUGGGGAGACAAUUGUUAUGCAUAAUCCCAAGGUCAUAGUUCAAUUCCAACCUUCUGCCACACCAGAUGAAUGGGGCACCACUCAAGAUGGUCAGGCAAGACCGAGGGUAGUAAAACGUGGAAUUGAUGAUGACCAUGAUGAAAUUCCUGAUGGAGAAGUGUCCCAAAUUGACCAUCUAGUAUUUAUGGUUCAUGGCAUAGGUCCUGUAUGUGACUUGAGAUUUAGAAGCAUUGUUGAAUGUGUUGAUGAUUUUAGGACUGUUUCUCUGAAGUUGUUGCAGACUCACUUUAAGAAGUCUUUAGAGGAACGCAAAGUGAGCAGGGUGGAAUUCCUCCCAGUUCACUGGCAUAGUUCUCUGCAUGGAGAUGCAACAGGUGUAGACAGGAACAUAAAAAAAAUCACUUUGCCGAGCAUUGGUCGCCUGCGCCACUUCACCAAUGAAACCCUGCUUGACGUACUGUUUUACAACAGCCCCACCUACUGUCAGACCAUUGUGGAUAAAGUAGGGAUGGAAAUGAAUCGUUUGUACGCGCUUUUCAUGAGUCGCAACCCGGACUUCAAAGGAGGAGUCUCUGUGGCUGGGCACAGUUUAGGUUCCUUAAUUCUGUUUGACGUAUUGUCUAACCAGAAGGACUUAGCUUCAUCAGUAAAUAGUGGACCGUUCUCUGGUGUUAAUGGGACUGUAAAGGAUGUGGCUGGUCAUGAUAAACAGAUGACUGAAGAUACCAGUUCCUUGGGCUCCUCAAUUACUACUUCUGGUGAUGACCUUUGUGAGCCUGAAGUAGAUGAUGAUGUUCCUACUUUGCAGAAGACUCUGGAAAUGCUUAGUUUGUCAGAGUAUGCAAGCACAUUCGAAAAGGAGCGAAUUGACAUGGAGUCUCUGCUGAUGUGUACAAUUGAUGACCUGAAGGAAAUGGGAAUACCUCUUGGACCAAGAAAGAAACUAGCUAAUUUUGUAAAAGACAGAGCAGCCAAGCAGGAACAAAAGAAAGCAGCAGCAGAAAAGAAAGCAGUGCUGGCUGCCACACUCCAAACUCAAGAUGAUGCCCAGAAAGCAAAAGAGACUGUUACUUCUGUCUCCCCUUCAGAGUCUGGUCAGGUGCACUCAAAGAGGAAGCUUGCAGUUGGUGCAUCGGUUUCUUCUGUGAGCAUUGAUUAUGAGUAUUUUGAAGUCGGAACUGGCCAGGUUUCUGUGGUUCACUGUGCAUUGGACUUUGAACCAGAUAUUUUCUUUGCUCUUGGUUCUCCUAUUGGUGUGUUCCUUACUGUGAGAGGUGUGGAGAAGAUUGAUGAAAACUACAGACUUCCUACCUGCAAGGGCUUCUUCAAUAUCUAUCAUCCACUUGAUCCAGUAGCAUACAGGUUAGAACCAAUGAUUAUUGAAGACAUGGAUUUAAAACCAGUUCUUAUUCCGCAUCACAAAGGCAGAAAAAGACUUCAUCUGGAGCUGAAAGACUCUCUCUCUCGUAUGGGAUCUGAUCUGAAACAGGGUUUUAUUAGCUCUUUGAAGAGCGCAUGGCAGACCCUGAAUGAAUUUGCACGUGCUCAUACAUCUUCAACUCAGCUACAAGCAGAACUGGAGAAGGUAGCUAACCAAAUUAAAGAGGAAGAAGAAAAGCAAGUGGUAGAAGCUGAAAAGAUCACUGAAAGUCCAGACCCUCCAAAAGAUGAAGAUUUUUCAGUGAAGGUUGGAAUGCUAAAUGGAGGACGUCGUAUUGAUUAUGUUCUACAAGAAAAACCAAUAGAAAGCUUCAAUGAAUACCUUUUUGCUUUACAGAGUCACUUGUGCUACUGGGGAUCUGAAGACACUGCCUUGCUGUUUCUCAAAGAAAUAUACAGGACUAUGAAUAUCAGUCCUGAGCAGCCACAGCAUUGA